GCAGGGUGUCUGAGCUAAACUUCACCAAAUAAUAGCUGUUUGUAUUUUGGCUGCUGCAGGAGCCAUUUUAGGUAUAAGUAUCUUCCUUCAAUAGAUGAUAAUGAAAAUACAAAAGAAAGAGAAGCAGUUGUCAAAUUUAAAAGUUCUGAAUCACUCCCCAAUGUCUGAUGCCUCUGUCAAUUUUGACUACAAAUCCCCCUCCCCGUUUGACCACAGCACUGAUCAGGAAGAGAAAAUUGAAGAUGUUGCCAGUCACUGUCUGCCUCAGGAGGCCCUGUAUGCUGCUGAGGAGGAAGCUGAGACCCUUUUUCCUAGGAAAAUGACAUCCCAUAAUGGAAUGGAGGACAGUGGAGGGGGAGGCACUGGAGUAAAGAAGAAAAGGAAGAAAAAGGAUCCAGGGGAGCAAGAGGGUACAGCAAAGGGAAGCAAGGACAGGGAGCCCAAGCCAAAGAGGAAGCGAGAACCUAGAGAGCCAAAGGAACCCCGGAAGGCCAAGGAGCCCAAGAGGGCCAAGGAGCCCAAGGAGCCUAAGCAGAAGGAUGGAGCCAAGAAAGCGCGGAAGCCCCGGGAGGCCUCGGGCACCAAAGAGGCCAAAGAGAAGAGGAGCAGCGCCGACUCUGUAGCCAGGACAAAGUCCAAGAAGGCCAGCAAGGAGCAAGGACCAACCCCAGUGGAGAGAAAGAAGAAAGGAAAGAGGAAAAGUGAAACCACAGUGGAAAGUUUAGAGCUGGAUCAGGGCCUGCCGAACUCAUCCCUGCGGAGUCCUGAGGAGUCCACUGAGUCUGCAGACAGCCAGAAACGACGCUCAGGACGGCAGGUGAAGCGCAGAAAAUACAACGAGGACCUGGACUUCAAAGUGGUAGAUGACGAUGGGGAAACAAUCGCUGUUCUCGGGGCUGGCCGGACAUCCGCCCUCUCGGCUUCUACACUGGCUUGGCAGGCAGAGGAGCCUCCAGAAGAUGACGCAAACAUCAUUGAGAAGAUCCUGGCGUCUAAGACCGUCCAGGAGGUUCACCCAGGAGAACCCCCAUUCGACUUGGAGCUAUUCUACGUUAAGUAUAGAAAUUUUUCCUACUUACAUUGUAAAUGGGCCACAAUGGAAGAGCUGGAAAAGGAUCCUCGCAUCGCACAGAAGAUCAAGCGAUUUAGGAAUAAACAAGCCCAGAUGAAGCACAUUUUUACUGAGCCUGAUGAAGACUUGUUCAACCCGGACUAUGUAGAAGUUGAUCGAGUCCUGGAGGUGGCCCACACCAAAGAUGCAGAAACAGGAGAGGAAGUGACGCAUUACCUGGUGAAGUGGUGCUCGCUGCCUUAUGAAGAAAGCACGUGGGAGCUAGAGGAAGACGUAGAUCCUGCAAAAGUUAAAGAAUUUGAGUCUCUUCAGAUUCUCCCUGAAAUUAAGCAUGUGGAGAGGCCUGCUUCAGACUCCUGGCAGAAACUGGAGAAGUCUCGAGAGUAUAAGAACAGUAACCAGCUCCGGGAGUACCAGCUAGAGGGGAUGAACUGGCUUCUUUUUAACUGGUAUAACAGAAAAAACUGUAUUUUGGCUGAUGAGAUGGGCCUCGGGAAAACCAUCCAGUCCAUCACAUUUCUCUCUGAGAUAUUCCUCCGGGGAAUCCACGGCCCAUUCCUCAUCAUCGCCCCACUCUCCACCAUCACGAACUGGGAGCGGGAGUUCCGGACGUGGACAGAGAUGAAUGCCAUUGUGUACCAUGGCAGCCAGAUCAGCAGGCAGAUGAUCCAGCAGUAUGAGAUGGUGUACAGAGACGCACAGGGAAACCCCCUUUCAGGAGUCUUCAAGUUCCAUGUUGUCAUCACAACGUUUGAGAUGAUACUGGCAGACUGCCCAGAGCUGAAAAAGAUUCACUGGAGCUGUGUGAUAAUUGACGAAGCCCACAGAUUGAAGAACAGGAACUGCAAACUUCUGGAGGGUCUAAAGCUCAUGGCCCUGGAACACAAAGUGCUGCUCACUGGGACACCCUUGCAGAACUCUGUGGAGGAGCUCUUCAGCUUGCUGAAUUUUCUGGAGCCAUCACAGUUUCCUUCAGAGACUGCUUUCUUGGAGGAAUUUGGAGAUCUGAAAACAGAGGAACAGGUGAAGAAACUGCAAUCUAUCCUAAAACCCAUGAUGCUUCGGCGGCUGAAAGAUGAUGUGGAAAAGAACCUUGCUCCCAAACAAGAGACGAUCAUUGAAGUAGAGCUGACCAAUAUCCAGAAAAAGUACUACCGUGCUAUCCUGGAGAAGAACUUUUCCUUCCUGACCAAGGGGGCAAAUCAGCACAACAUGCCCAAUCUCAUCAACACCAUGAUGGAGCUGAGAAAGUGCUGUAACCAUCCCUACCUGAUCAAUGGGGCAGAGGAGAAAAUUCUGGAAGAUUUCCGGAAAACCCACAGCCCUGAUGCCCCCGACUUUCAGCUGCAGGCCAUGAUUCAAGCAGCAGGGAAGCUGGUGCUGAUUGAUAAACUGCUCCCUAAGCUGAUUGCAGGUGGUCACAAAGUACUCAUCUUCUCCCAGAUGGUGCGCUGUCUCGAUAUCCUGGAAGAUUAUCUCAUCCAGAGAAGAUACACCUAUGAGCGAAUUGAUGGGCGAGUACGGGGAAACCUGCGCCAGGCAGCCAUCGACCGGUUCUGUAAGCCAGACUCAGACCGCUUUGUCUUUCUUCUGUGCACCAGAGCGGGAGGCCUGGGCAUCAAUCUCACAGCCGCCGAUACCUGCAUCAUAUUUGAUUCAGACUGGAACCCACAAAAUGACUUGCAGGCUCAGGCCCGAUGUCACCGGAUAGGCCAGAGCAAGGCCGUGAAGGUGUAUCGCCUCAUUACUCGGAACUCCUACGAGCGGGAAAUGUUUGACAAGGCCAGCCUAAAGCUGGGCCUGGACAAAGCUGUUCUUCAGGACAUAAACCGAAAGGGCAGCACCAAUGGAGUACAACAGCUCUCAAAAAUGGAGGUAGAGGACUUGCUCCGAAAAGGUGCUUAUGGAGCCUUAAUGGAUGAGGAAGAUGAAGGCUCCAAGUUCUGUGAAGAAGACAUAGACCAGAUUCUGCAGAGGAGAACCCACACCAUCACCAUCCAGUCCGAAGGGAAAGGGUCUACUUUCGCCAAGGCUAGCUUUGUGGCUUCAGGAAACAGGACAGAUAUUUCCUUAGAUGACCCAAACUUUUGGCAGAAAUGGGCUAAAAUAGCUGAAUUGGACACUGAAGCAAAGAAUGAAAAGGAGAGCUUAGUGAUCGACCGGCCUCGAGUGAGAAAGCAGACCAAACACUACAAUUCCUUUGAGGAGGAUGAGCUCAUGGAGUUCUCCGAGCUAGACAGUGACUCAGAUGAAAGGCCCACGAGGUCCAGACGCCUCAAUGACAAAACCAGGCGCUACCUCCGAGCUGAGUGCUUCCGGGUGGAGAAGAACCUGCUCAUCUUUGGCUGGGGCCGGUGGAAGGACAUCCUGACUCAUGGGCGAUUCAAGUGGCAUCUGAAUGAGAAGGACAUGGAGAUGAUUUGCCGGGCCCUGCUGGUAUACUGUGUCAAGCAUUACAAGGGGGACGAGAAGAUCAAGAGUUUCAUUUGGGAAUUGAUCACACCUACCAAAGAUGGGCAGGCCCAGACCCUCCAGAACCACUCAGGGUUGUCUGCUCCAGUCCCCAGAGGGAGGAAGGGGAAGAAGACAAAGAACCAGCUGCUGCUCCCAGAGUUAAAGAAUGCAGAUUGGCUGGCCACCUGCAACCCCGAGGUAGUCCUCCAUGAUGACGGCUAUAAGAAACACCUCAAACAGCACUGCAAUAAGGUACUUUUGCGAGUCCGGAUGCUGUACUACCUAAAAGCUGAAAUACUGGGAGAGGCAGCUGAGAAAGCGUUUGAAGGAACCCCUGCCAGGGAACUAGAAGUGCCUCUGCCUGACAUUGACUACGUGGAGAUCCCAGUGGAUUGGUGGGACGCUGAGGCCGAUAAGUCCCUUCUGAUAGGCGUGUUCAAACAUGGGUAUGAGAGGUACAAUGCCAUGCGAGCAGACCCGGCACUUUGCUUCCUGGAGAAAGUCGGGAUGCCAGAUGAGAAGUCCCUUUCUGCAGAACAGGGUGUUACGGAUGGGACCCCAGACAUUCCUGACAGAGGCAACAUGGAUAAAGAAGACAACACUGAAGACAAGUUAGAUGGCCUGCAGAAGCAAAUGGAGAGUUCCCGUGAUGGAGGUGAUGGCAUUUUUGGCGAAAAGAAGGAUGACAGCCAGGCAGCCCAGGAUGGCUCCGACCCAGACAAAUCACCCUGGCCAGUUUCAUCUGCACUCACAGCUCGCCUCAGACGUCUGGUCACUGUGUACCAGCGCUGUAACCGCAAAGAACUCUGCCGACCAGAAAUCCUGGGACCAGGUAACCAAGGAUACUGGGUCCAGGAAGAGAUGUUCAGGAGAACCUCAGAAAUGGAUCUCAUCAAUAAGGAAGCUCAAAAGAGGUGGACUAGGAGAGAGCAAGCCGACUUCUACAGAGCAGUGUCCUCCUUUGGGGUUGUUUAUGAUCAAGAAAAGAAAACUUUUGACUGGACACAGUUCCGCAUCAUUUCCCGUUUGGACAAGAAGUCGGAUGAGAGCCUGGAGCACUACUUCUAUAGUUUUGUGGCCAUGUGCCGGAACGUCUGUCGUCUGCCCACAUGGAAGGAUGGCGGUUCCCCAGAUCCCAGCAUCUAUGUGGAACCCAUCACUGAGGAACGGGCCGCGAGGACUCUGUACCGCAUCGAACUGCUGCGGAAGGUCCGAGAGCAAGUGCUGAGGUGUCCGCAGCUGCACGAGCGCCUCCAGCUCUGCAGGCCCAGCCUCUACCUCCCGGUCUGGUGGGAGUGUGGGAAGCACGAUCGAGACCUGCUCGUCGGCACCGCCAAACAUGGGCUGAACCGCACUGACUAUUACAUCAUGACCGACCCCCAGCUGUCCUUCCUGGACGCCUACAGAAACUAUGCCCAACAUAAGAGAACGGACACCCAGGCACCAGAAAGUCUCUGUUGCCUUUACCAGACCAACUCCAAACUAUACGAAUCUCUCACAUACACUCAGAUGAGCAGGACUUCAGAGCCCCUUGAAAAUGAGCCUGAGAAUCUAGUGAAAAUAGAAGGUAGAGAUGAUCAUCCAGCUGCACCUGCGGGCAGUUUAUCUGACAUGACUUGUGAAAACUUUAUUUCUAAAGUUCAGGAUGUCAUUUCCAUCCCCCACGAUGAACGUCUGCUGCCUGAGUCCUUGGAGGGCAUGAUGUAUGGUAAGAAGGCCCUGAGUCGGGAGCCACGCUCUUUUCAGGAGAGCCACACUACCAGGACAGAACCCAGAAGGGAUGCUCUGGCCGUCUCGGCCAGCGAGGACGGGAAGUGGCGGCCUGGUGGCCGCGAGGCAGAAACACCUGCAGGCCCCUCUUUUAUGGACAGCUUAGAAGCAGGAGUAGCUCAGAUGAACAUCAAAAAUGGAAAACAUCUGUUGCUGUCUCUUUCGAGGGAAGGGGAGCUCUGCAGUGACACGGGGCAGAGACCUGAAAGCAUUGGGCAGCUAGAAGCCAAAUGCUUAGCUUCCCCUUCCUUGGAUCAAGGAAAUGAAAGUGGGUUUGUAGAUAUGUGCAAUCUUAGUGUCUGUGACUCCAGAAGAAGCCUGUCAUCAGAUCAGCAAUUAAUUGAUUUAUUAGAAAACAAAAGUUUAGAAAGUAAAUUGGUUUUGAGUCAGAACCACAGCGAUGAGGAGGAGGAAGAGGAGAAUGAAGAGGAGAAUGUAGGCGUGGCCGCAGGCCUGAGGCAAAGGCCCGAGGUUGUGCAUCUAGCCGAGCCCACUGCUGAUAUCCUGAGGGAAAAGAGCCGAGGCUUCCAUGUGGAGGAGGCCAUGAGCCAGAGCCCUGGACUGCAGGGGGCAUUUCCUCAAGCAGCCUGUCUGUGUCACUGCAAGCACACAGAGGGGUGGACGCGUGGCCUCGAGAACGAGGAGUUGGAAGUGGAGAAACCCAAGGGUUAUAACCCAGACGUGUACAGAAACAAAACCAAUAGUAUCACAGUGGAGCCUGAGCCCCCUGCUCCUCCGGCAGAGCCCUCUCAGGGGAAGCACGAGCUGUUAAAAGAGCCUUGGAAGGACAGUGCUGAGGGGAAAAAAGCUUUCGCUGUGUAUCCGGAAGCCAGUGAGCUCAAGUCCGAAGACAUGGAUUUUGAGAGUAAAGAUGAUUAUGACCGAGAUGGGAACGGCCAUGCUCAAGAUUACCCAGGGAAAUAUUCUGAAGAGGAGAGCAAAAGCUCGACAUCAGGCAUUGCAGGAGACCUUGGGGAUGACCUGCAGGAGGCUCGGGCUCCCACCAUUGCUCAGCUGCUCCAGGAGAAGACCCUCUUUUCCUUCUCCGAGUGGCCAAAGGAUCGCGUGAUAAUCAACCGCCUGGAUAAUAUCUGCCACGUGGUGUUAAAGGGGAAGUGGCCGUCCGGCCCGCAGUACGAGCCCUCGGGCACCCUGCCCCCGCCGGUGUUAAGCAGCGGUACUGGUUCUCGGGGGAGCCUCUCGGAACCAGAAGCGACCGAACUCGGCUUCAGCGGGGGUGCAGCAUUGGUGGCCCCGAUCCAGAAGGAGACCUUCCUGGCUCCAGUAUUCACAAAGGAUGACCAGAAGCACAGACGUCCCUACGAGUUUGAGGUGGAGAGGGAUGCAAAGGCCCGGAGCCUGGAACAGUUCUCUGCUACCCACGGGCACCCCCCCAUCGUCCUCAAUGGCUGGCACGGGGAAUCCGCAAUAGAUCUCUCCUGCACGUCAGAGGGGUCCCCGGGAGCCACGUCUCCUUUCCCAGUGAGCGCCAGCACCCCUAAGAUCGGGGCUAUCGGUUCACUUCAAGGAGCUCUUGGCAUGGACUUGUCUGGGAUUCUGCAAGCUGGCCUGAUCCAUCCAGUGACGGGACAGAUUGUCAAUGGAAGCCUCAGAAGAGAUGACGCUGCCACAAGGAGGCGGAGGGGGAGACGGAAACAUGUUGAAGGAGGGAUGGACCUCAUCUUUUUGAAGGAGCAGACACUUCAGGCAGGAAUCUUGGAAGUCCAUGAAGACCCAGGGCAGGCCCACCUGAACACCUCACACCCUGAAGGGCCAGUGGCUGCCACUUCGGCCCCCGAGCCAGCCCCAGCAGCCGGCAGCCAGGCGGAGAAAGCCAUUCCCAGCAAGAGUCUGCUUGACUGGCUGAGGCAGCAGGCCGACUACUCCUUAGAGGUUCCCGGUUUUGGAGCAAAUUUUUCAGACAAACCAAAGCAGAGGAGGCCACGCUGUAAGGAACCUGGAAAAUUAGACGUCAACUCCCUGAGUGGGGAAGAGAGGGUUCCCGCUGUCCCCAAGGAGCCAGGACUAAGGGGGUUUCUCCCAGAAAACAAGUUCAAUCACACCCUGGCCGAGCCUGUUCUUCGAGAUGCGGGCCCCCGCAGAAGGGGGCGGCGGCCUCGGAGCGAGCUCCUGAAGCCUCCUGCCCUCGCGGCGGACUCUCCCUCGGGGAUGGGGCCAUUGUUCAUGAACGGACUGAUCGCUGGGAUGGACCUGGUAGGGCUCCAGAACAUGAGAAACAUGCCGGGCAUCCCCCUCACGGGCCUGGUGGGGCUGCCCGCGGGCUUUGCUGCCGUGCCCGCAGGGGAAGAGUCCAGAAGCACCCUGAGCAUGCUGCCCAUGGUGCUGCCAGGAAUGGCUGCGGUGCCCCAGAUGUUUGGCCUCGGGGGCCUCCUCAACGCCCCCAUGGCGACCACCUGCACCUCCACCGCUCCAGCGCCUUUGUCAAGCACAACAAAAAGUGGUCCAUCGGCGCCCGAAAAGACUGUAGAGGACAAGCCAAGUAGCCAUGAUGUAAAGUCGGACACAUUGGCUGAAGACAAGCCUGGUCCUGGUCCAUUUUCUGAUCAGUCCGAACCUGCAAUAACCACCAGUAGUCCUGUGGCUUUUAACCCAUUUCUCAUCCCAGGAGUGUCUCCUGGACUCAUUUACCCAUCCAUGUUUCUCUCCCCUGGCAUGGGCAUGGCUCUGCCCGCAGUGCAGCAGGCCAGACACUCGGAAGUUACAGGUCUGGAGAGCCAGAAGAGGAAGAAGAAGAAAACAAAAGGGGACAGCCUGAACCCCAACCCCGAGCCCGCUCCCGGGUCCGAAAAGGAGCCAGGCAGCGAUCAGAACUGCCCCGAAUCCAGGACCCCCGGGCCCCCAGACAGAGAACAUGCAGCCCAGGCCAGGGAAGGGGGCCUCAAAGACUCUAACAGUGACACCAAUUAGAACUUUUUCAUUUAAGAAAUGAUUGUGACUUGUAAGUUUCUUAUCCCAUAAAGGUUUGUUACUUCCUCACUUCACCUUCAUAAGAACCUGUGUUUCCAUAAGUAAUAUUACCUACCUAAUUUUCUGAGAACUGUGGUCACAGAUGUUAAUAGUCGCAGGGUCUUGCCACUUCGUUAGCUGUGUCGUCGACCCAGUGUAGGAGGCACCAAAUGCUCAUUCUGUUACCCAGUGGUUCAUUCCAGCAGCCGUAGCUGAUACAGCACUUGGUGACAUGCCCCGCCCCCACUUCUCCAAGUUUCCCCCUUAUUUGAGGAGGGACAAUGG